AUGCGCCUCAGGUACGAGCAGUGGAUGACUCGUUAUGGACGAGUUUACGGGAGUUCCCGCGAGAAGGAAGUACGAUACCAGAUAUUCAAAGACAAUGCAGCUCUCGUCGAUUCGUUCAAUGCCGCAGGAGACAAGCCUUACAAGCUAGGUACCAACCAGUUUGCGGAUUUGACGAACGAGGAGUUCAAAACGACCAGGUGCAGGUUCAAGGGUCACAUGUGUUCCCUGCAAGAAGAAUCAUUCAGGUAUGAAAAUGUGAGUGCAGUGCCGACCGCCAUGGAUUGGAGGAAGAAGGGAGCCGUCACUCCGAUCAAAGACCAAGGCCAGUGCGGAAGUUGCUGGGCGUUUUCAGCUGUGGGCGCAAUGGAAGGAAUCACUCAGCUCAGUACCGGAAAAUUGAUAUCUCUUUCGGAGCAAGAGUUGGUUGAUUGCGAUACCAAAGGAGAGGACCAAGGUUGUGGUGGUGGGUUGAUGGAUGACGCUUUCAAGUUCAUUAUCCAGAACAAGGGCUUGACCACCGAGACCAAUUAUCCCUACACUACUGCCGAUGGAUCCUGCAGUGCUAGCAAAGAAGGAAAUCCCGCUGCUACGAUCAAAGGAUAUGAAGACGUGCCUGCUAACAACGAAGUCGCAUUGAUGAAGGCAGUGUCUAGUCAACCGAUUUCUGUGGCAAUUGAUGCAGGGGAUUCCUCGUUCCAGCUCUACGAGAGUGGGAUAUUUACAGGAGAAUGUGGGACUGAACUGGACCAUGGAGUGACUGCUGUUGGAUAUGGUGAGAGUGGUGGGAUGAAGUACUAG